AUGCAAUGCCAUGUUUGUUAUGAAAACAAUAAUAUUCUUUAUAAAUGUGCAAAAUGUAGAAUUAAAUAUUGUUCAGUUGCAUGUUUUCAGAAACAUAAAUCAUCAGCUCCAAUAAUACAAACUCAAUUACCGAUUGAACUCGGUGAUGAUGAAGAAAGUGAUCGGCUUCCAAUGAAUGUACUCGAACGAAUCGAUCAAUCAAAUGAAGUACUUGAAUUAUUGAAGAAUCGUCAUUUACGAACAAUGAUUAAAGCAUUAGAUCGUUCGAUAAAUCCAGCUGAUGACAUGCAAAAAGCCAUGAUGGAACCUAUUUUUGUUCAAUUUGUUGAUCAAUUGUUAAUGAUUGUCGAAAAAAAAGAUACAUAA